AUGCUGCAGGAGAAGGCUUCAGCUGUGACGGAUGAAUGUAUGAGCCGAGUCCAGACCGAUGUGGAGACAGAUCUCCUCCCACACCAGCCACGACUGGGCCUGUCCACAGCUUCCGCUAUUCCCAGCUCCAAUGAGCCUGACCAGAACAUUGAGAGCAUUAAGGUCAUCCUUCAUGAGCGGGAGCUGUGGAAGAAGUUCCACGAAGCCGGCACAGAGAUGAUCAUUACUAAAGCAGGCAGGAGGAUGUUUCCAAGCUACAAGGUCAAAGUGACUGGGAUGAACCCCAAAACCAAGUACAUCCUACUCACUGACAUCGUCCCAGCUGAUGAUCAUCGCUACAAGUUCUGUGAUAACAAGUGGAUGGUGGCUGGAAAGGCAGAGCCAGCAAUGCCGGGGAGACUCUAUGUGCACCCAGACUCUCCUGCCACAGGGGCUCACUGGAUGAGGCAGCUGGUCUCAUUUCAGAAACUCAAACUAACAAACAAUCACCUGGACCCUUUCGGGCAUAUCAUCCUGAACUCUAUGCACAAGUACCAGCCAAGACUACACAUUGUCAAAGCUGAUGAGAACAAUGCCUUUGGAUCCAAGAACACUGCGUAUUGUACUCAUGUCUUUCAUGAGACCGCCUUCAUCUCUGUGACCUCGUAUCAAAACCACAAGAUCACACAGCUGAAAAUAGAGAACAACCCAUUUGCCAAGGGAUUCCGAGGCAGUGAAGAAGGGGACCUGCGUGUUUCAAGACUACAGGGGAAAGAGUAUCCAGUGAUUUCAAAGAACAUGGUUCGUCAGAGGCUCAUCUCGUCACACAGUCACCUUGCAGGGAAGCUCAGCGCAGGAGUUCUAACGGGGCACCCUCAGGUCCUGUCCUCUUUUCAGUACGAGGCUGGGGCUCCUUUGUCUAACUCAGACCACCAAGAUCCCAUCACUAACCACUUCUCUCAGAGCAGAGAUCCCAGCCUUCUGUACCACUGCUUCAAACACAGAGAUAAUGCCCGGCACCUGGAGCUUGGCUGUAAGCGGCCAUAUCUGGAGACCUCGUCCGAGGAGCACUACUUCCGUUCAGCUCCCUCUUAUGAAUCGUCCCUACUGUCUCAUCCAUACUGCAGUGAGGCCAUCACCUCUAGAGAAGCUUGCAUGUAUGGCAGUAUGGAAACAGAGUCUGGAUCCGGGGCGGCCGACACAGAUGACCUGGCCAACUCCCCUUCCAUCAAUUGCAACAUGUGGGCUACAAUGCAGCCUUACCCUCGCUAUAGCGUGGAGGGUGUUCCGUACCAGCCCUUCACGGCUCACUUCACCAACGCUGCCGCGGUCACACCUGUGGUAACCCAUCCCACAUCGUCCAUGGUGUCGAGGUCGCAGACGGACCUGGGUGUCUACAACUCCACUUCGGUCCAGCGAGGUCUGCCCAUCAUACCUACAUCCUCCUCCUCCUCUUCAUCGUGCUCUCCAGCUCUUCCAGGAUCCAGAGAGAGGUCAGGCCAUCCCUCUCUGUACCACAAAAAGCCAGGGUCCCCUCUCCGCCCUCACAGAGAUUUUCCAGCUUACCCAACACAAGGCACUCUAUCCAUCCGGGAUGCGUCCUACCAGUACCAAGUUGGGCUGAGCAGCGCAGGGACUCACUGGACUGAAAGCUAA